CGCACAGGUGCCUACAGGCGUUUAGGAAGCCAGACUAGGCAGAAAUGAGCUAAGAGAGGAGGCAGGGUGCCCGGAGUUGCCUUCCCGCAAGAUUAGAGACCAGCAGCGCGCAGGCUGUGUCUCUCCAGCUACCCUCAGGGUUCUCUCCGCCGGGAGCAGCCGACUUUGCUCCUGGUUCUUUAAGGGGCGGGGCCUGCUGGCAGCGCACUAGUGCGUCAUCACCCCGCGCCCGAAGCCUCUGUUCUCCACGUGGAUGGUGUGGCAUCAUGGCGGGAGCCGAAGCCCCCCAGCCGCAGAAGCGCUACUACCGUCAACGCGCCCACUCCAACCCCAUGGCGGACCACACGCUGCGCUACCCUGUGAAGCCAGAGGAGAUGGACUGGUCUGAGCUUUACCCAGAGUUCUUUGCUCCGCUUACUCAAAAUAAGAGCCAUGAUGAUCCAAAGGAUGAGAAAGAAAAGCGAUCUGGGGCUCAAGUGGAGUUUGCAGACAUAGGCUGUGGCUAUGGUGGUUUGUUAGUGGCACUGUCGCCAAUCUUCCCAGAUACCCUGAUUCUGGGUCUGGAGAUUCGGGUGAAGGUGUCAGACUACGUACAGGACAGAAUUCGAGCUCUGCGCGCAGCUCCUGGAGGCGGAUUCCAGAACAUCGCCUGUCUUCGCAGUAACGCCAUGAAGCACCUUCCUAACUUCUUCCACAAGGGCCAGCUGUCGAAGAUGUUCUUCCUGUUUCCUGACCCACAUUUCAAGCGAACGAAGCAUAAAUGGCGAAUCAUCAGCCCCACACUUCUGGCAGAAUAUGCCUACGUGCUGAGAGUUGGGGGCCUGAUAUACACCAUCACUGAUGUGCCAGAGCUGCACCAAUGGAUGUGCACCCAUUUUGAAGAGCACCCACUGUUUGAGCGCGUGCCUCUGGAGGAGCUAAGUGAAGACCCCAUUGUGGGACACCUAGGCACUUCAACUGAGGAAGGAAAGAAAGUUUUACGCAAUGGAGGAAAUAAUUUCCCAGCCAUCUUCCGAAGAAUGCAGGAUUCCAUCCUUCAGGCAGUGACCCCCAGUCCAGCCCUGCCCAACCACUGACUUCUCACCCAGCCUUAGCCAGACCCUGUCUUCUAGUGAUUGGACAAAAAAUGAGCUCCCCGUUCUGGGCCUUUCCAGACUGGUGGGACUGCAAGAGGUUGGGGUGCAGGCUGUGUUCUUGCUUAUCACAGACUCCCCCACUGUCAGAAGAAAGCAAACAAAGCUGACUGAGAAGGUCAGACACCUUGGACCAGAGCAGACAUUUGGAGGGUGUGGGCAUGUUGUGCCUCAGUGCUCUCCUCUUCCUGGGUUUCUCUCUGGCUGGAGCAAAGGCUGCAGCGCCCCACUGUCUUAGGCUGUGUGCCUCUCUCAGGUUGCCCUCCAGUAUGUUUACUUUGCAGUCCUGGGGCAAUGUGUGUGCCCACGUGCCCAUGAAGGGCUGGGAUGUGUAUCACGUGCCUGCUGCCAGCUUCUCCCUGCUUACAACCUGACAUGGGCAAUCUGUGCUGCCUUUAUUGUUGCUGUCUCUGGAGAGUCUCAAGAGGGUAGAGACCUCUGUCUUUACCAUGUUGGACUUUGAUUCUAGAAUUUCAAAGCUGACUGACUGGCAUAGUUGUACCUGAUGAGGAGGGGGAGGGGGAGAGAAGGCAGAGGAGCAGGGACAUAAAUUGGGAAAUUUCUUUUUAAAGAAUCAUUUUUUACUUUAUGUGUGUGAAUGUUUGCUUGUGUAUAUGUAUGUCUUCCAUGCCUGGGGCCCUUGGAGCCCAGAAAAGGAAGUUGAUUUCCCUGGAACUGGAAUUACAGGCGAUUGUGAGCUGUCAUGUGGGUGCUGGGAACUGAAGCCUGCAUCUCUGUAAGAGCUUGUAACUAACUGCUGCACCAUCUCUGCAGCCCCUACCCAGGAGGAUUCUGCAGCUGAAAGCUAUAAGAGGCUGCUGACCACAACAGUACCUAAAGGAGGUCAAGUCAGCUUGGGAUUCAGGGUGUGUGUUCUUGGCCUUCAUUCUAUCCAGAGACAGGAUCUCUAAACUUACCUACUUUGGAAGGAAAAAAAAAACAAAAAAAACAAAAAAACCCUCCUUUGUAUCAUUAUUGUUGUUAAUUAUUAUUUACAUUUCUUUGUGUAUAGGAGGUGAGGGUAUGCACAAGUGCUUAUGUGAUGGUAAGAGGACGAUUCAAUGGAGUCAGUUUUCAUUUUCUACUGUGUGGGUCCCUGGGAUCAAACUCAGGUCAUCAGGCUUAUUGUCAAGUGUAUUUGCCUGCUGAGCCACCUUGCUGGUCCUUCAUCUUUGUCCCUCAAACCCUAAUCUUCAUGUCUGAAGGGGGGUCUCCCGAGCUAAGAGACCCCUUCCGCAAGAAACAAGGAUGGAGUUUGGAGAGAUGGCUUGGUGGGCAAGCGCACUCAGUCUUCAGUCCCUAGCCCUUGAGAUAGAGGCCCACAACCUCCUAGAAUGCAGCUCCAGGAGACCAGGGUCCUCUCAGAUCCUGGGUAGCUGCUGUCAUGUGUGGACAUGCGUGCAUGCCCCCUUCCCCCAUACAUAGUUUAAAGUCUUUAGGAAAAAAAAAGGGGGGGGCAGGUGGUGGUUUCAGCCAUGGCACACGCCUUUAAUCCCAGCACUCAGGAGGCAGAGGCAGGUGGAACUUUAUGAGUUUGAGGCCAGCCUGGUCUCCAAAGGGAGAUUCAGGACAGCCAAGGCUACAUAGAGAAAUCCUAGCUUAAAAGGGGAUGGAGGGGGGUGGCUGGAGAGAUGACCAAGCAGUUAAGAACAGUGAUUGCUCUUCCAGAGGACCUGGGUUCAAUACCAGCACCCACAUGGAAGCUUACAGCUGUAACUCUAGAAUCUGACACCCUCACAGACAUAUGUGCAGGCAAAAUACCAGUGCACAUAAAAUAAAAAUAAAUUCUAAUCAGUGGCCCUUGUAGAGAACCUGGGUUCAAUUCCCAACAACAUAGAUGGCUUACAACCAAACAUAAUUCCAUUUCAGGGGAUCCAACUCCCUCUUCUGGCUUCCACUGGCACCUGACUUAUGGUACACAUGUGUUAAGAUAAAUCAUGCCUAUAAAUAAAUCUAA